CUAAUGACGACGGCCAACAGCUCGCUGCGUCAUUAACCUAAACAAAGAAAAAGCAGAGCCUCGCCGAUCGCUCCUCUCCUCCACACCACCAACAUGCCGAGUCGACAAGUCUCAUGAAACAAAUAAUUAAAUUUUCAAUCGCAUUCAUUACAGACGUUAAGGUUUCACCCACUACUUAUAUUAUAAUCAUUUGACAUUUCAAGAGGUUUUUUUUUUGUUUGUUACUUGACUUUGUUUCUUUUUGGAGCCAUGCCAAUGGCAUCUAAUUAUCAGAUGCAGGGUACCAAGCCAUGAAUUGACAACCUGAAGUAGUAUUACUACUGUCUGUGUUUCCAAAGGAAGUAAGUCCAUCAACUGCGUCCAUGGAAACCCUCCUCCUCUACCUCCCAAUCUUUUUAGCUCUCUAUGUCUUCACAAACAAGCUCUUUCACAAGAUCCGAAACCUCCCUCCAAGCCCCUACCCUCCUUUCCCCAUAAUUGGCCAUCUCUACCUCCUCAAAAAGCCACUUCACCGAACUCUCUCUACCUUCAACUCCCACGGCUCAGUACUCUUCUUUCAAUUCGGAUUCCGCCCUGUACUCGUCGUGUCUUCCCCUGAAGCAACUGAAGAAUGCCUUACCAAGAACGACAUCAUCUUCGCCAACCGGCCCCGCCUCGCUUUGGGAAAGUACCUUGCCUACAACUAUACUCAGCUCGCAUGGGCUCCUUACGGCAGCCACUGGAGGAACCUCAGGAGAAUAUCGUCUAUUGAAAUGUUAUCAACUCAUCGCCUUCAAAUGCUCUGCGAUGUACGUGCAGAGGAGAUCAGAUCGUUGAUUCAUGGUCUUUUGAGUAAAAAAGAUGAGAGGGUGUGUAUGAGGACUCUGUUCUUCGAAAUCACAUUCAAUUUGAUGAUGAGAAUGAUUGCAGGGAAGCGAUAUUAUGGGGAAAACGUAGGGGAUUUGGAGGAAGCAAGGAAGUUUCAUAAUACAAUGACAGAGUCGCAGAGGGUCGUAGGCCCUGCUAAUAAUAUUGGAGAUUUCUUGCCAUUUAUGCGGUGGAUUGGACUUGGUGUAAAAGUGAAAGAGUUACAAGAGCUUCAGAGAAAGAGGGAUGAAUUCGUUCAGAAUUUGAUAGAGGAGCAUAGAAAGAAGAUGGUCAGUGACUGCAGUUCUUUGUCUGGAGGUAGAAAGACCAUGAUUGACGUCCUCCUAAAGCUCCAAGAAACAGAACCAGAGUACUAUAAGGACGAGAUUAUCAGAGGCCUCGUGCUUGUUUUGCUGAUGGCAGGGGUAGAUACCUCUGUGAAUACCAUGGAGUGGGCAUUCUCUCUUUUGGUUAAUCAUCCCCAAGUUCUAAAGAAGGCCCAAUUGGAAAUCAACAACUACGUGGGAGACAAUCGGGUUAUGAAUGAAUCAGACGUAGCCCAACUUCCAUACCUCCAUGGAAUCAUCAGUGAGACUCUGCGGAUGUACCCGGCAGUACCACUCCUUAUACCUCAUGAAUCAUCAGAGGAAUCCACGGUGAAAGGCUUCCGAAUCCCUCGUGGCACGAUGCUAUUGGUCAAUCUGUGGAGCAUACAAAACGACCCUAAGAUCUGGGAGAACCCCACAAGUUUUAGGCCAGAGAGGUUCGAAGGAGUAGAGGGUGUGAGGGAUGGGUUUAGGCUAAUGCCAUUUGGGUCAGGCAGAAGAGGCUGUCCUGGUGAAGGCUUGGCUAUGCGUAUGGUUGGACUGACUUUGGGUUCUUUGAUUCAGUGUUUUGAAUGGGAAAGAGAGAGUGAGCAGCUGGUGGACAUGAAAGAAGGGUCUGGAUUCACCUUGGCUAGAGCUCAACCUUUGUAUCUCAAAUGUCGGCCACGCGCAGAUAUUGUUGAGCUUCUCUCUCAAGCCCACUAGUUGAGCUUCUUGCUUCACAACAUGGCCAGGCCAGGACCCCAUUGUCAUAAUGUUUUGGCUAAUUAAAUGAAGCUUUCUUUAUUAUCUUUUGUUUAUUGGGAAAUGCUGCCCAGUGCUCUUAGGACUAAAUAAAUGGCAUAAAUGUGUUUUGGAAUCAAAAAAAGAUUAUGUAUCUUAAGUUUUAAAAAAUUAAGUGAGAUAAUGUUCAUCACACAUGAUAUACUGUGGUAUGUUGUGAUGAAUAUUUAAUCA